AUGGCGGCUCCACACCAGUUCAUCGCGGCGGGCUUGGCCGAGGGCGACUUCCUGGCUGUCCGAUACAGAGUGGGUGGCCGGCGCCUGUGGCACCGCCGCCUGGUAGUGGCGCUCGUGCCCGGCGGGACCACCGUUGCGGGCAUCAUGACUCCCGACCUCGAUGAGUACGACGAGGACGUGGCCGACCAGGCGAAUAUCGCAGAGUGGACGAUGCUCCUGCUUGGCACGAUCGGGCCUGCUGCUCCGGCUAUGGGUAACGACGACGUCUACGAUUUCAGGCACAUCCCGUUGCAGGCCGCGGUGGAUGCAGCUCGAACCGCAGCAUACGCGAGAAGGGGGGCUGUGCCGGUCGGGCCCAUCGUGGUCAACCUCGCCGGGCGCGUGGGGGCUGGCGCUCCUGUGGGCGCAGCACCCCCUGCGGCUGGCGGCGCGGCGGCUGCGGCGGCUGGGGGCCCUGGCGGCGGCGGCGGCCUCGCGGGGCUGGUGGCGGCCCUUGGCGGCCCGGCGGGCGGCCCGGCCGUUGCGGCGGCCGCCCCAGCGGCCCUGGUGCCCGUGGCAGCGCCCGCCGCCCCUGCCGCCGGUGCGGGCGCCCCGCCAGCCGGGCCUGGGGCCGCGGCGGCCAUCCUUGGCGCGCCCGUCGCGCCCGCCGCCCUGGCAGCGCCCGGCGCGCCCGCGGCCGCGGCUGCAGCUCCCGCGGCGGGCGCCCCGGCGGCCCCGGCUGUGGCUGGACCUGGCGGCGACGCCCGGAUCUUCGGCGUGGUGGUCGAUGCGCGCGGGGUCCGUCAUGUGGACUUCUGCACCGCAGUCACCCGGAUGACCGAGCUCCCCUGGCCAGACAGGCCCGUGCGAGGGCCGCGCACUUUGCGGUGGGUGGCAGAGUUCAUGGCGCAGCGGAGCGGCACGCCGACGGCGCAUCAUCAGAGGUGGCUGGCGGAGACGGGCCUUGACCCCGCUGGUCCAGGAGUGGAGAUCCACCAGACGGGCUGCGUCGUCCUCGAGACGGCCAUUACCUACGACCAGGAACACGCCACGAACCUCGCCCACCUCGAGCUCGUCGCCCGCUCGAUCCAGGUGCAGGAAGAGAAGUACCGGUUUCUCGUUGAGCCCGACGAUGCCUCGGCUGCUGACAGGUCGGCCAUGAUGGGGACGUCGCAGCUCGCGGGCUCUGCGUGUGUCUGCCCCGCCCUUCGCGACUAUCUCGCAUCGGAGUUGCAGAAAGAGAUGGCAGUUGCGAAGGAGCGGAGGAAGGCUCCGGUGCCGCAGGCGGCGAUGCUUAGCUUGCCGGAGGGCGGUCGGCUUGGCCCGCCGCCGCCCUCGCUCCUCCAGGCCUCCGCGGGCGCCAACAGCGCUGCCCGCACUUCGGGCGAGGCCGGGCCCCCUUCGCGCGAAGACGGUCGCCAGCGCAACCUCUUCCCGCUGCCGCAGCUCACAGCAGCCGACGCGGCGCCUGGCCUCUCUCGCACCCGGCGGCGCGCUCGGGCGGGCCACGCCCUCGGGCACGCGCUCGACCGGGCCAACGCAGCCGUGCAUGCACUGAAUUACCUAUGCGGUGACAAGUCCUCGCCCGAGUCGGCC